AUGACGGUGUAUUCGUACGUAUUCGGUGUAAUAGUGGCGUGUGUAUCUUAUUUAGUGUAUCAGAAAUAUGUGAAUUUAUACCCAAGUAUCGUAUCAAUUCCUGAGAAGAGAUAUGACUACAUUAUUGUCGGUGCCGGGACUUCCGGCUGCGUUCUGGCCGCUCGACUCUCCGAGGACCCGAAGGUGACAGUACUCCUCGUAGAAGCAGGGUACCACAUGGGGUAUUUCACGAAGAUCCCGCUUACGGCUACCGCAGCUCAGCAAGGGCCCGACGACUGGUCAGUCAGGACCAAAUCGCAGAAGUAUUCUUCGUUUGGGAUGUGGGAUCAGUCUCAAAUAAUCCCACGCGGCAAAGGUCUAGGAGGUUCCAGUCAGAUAAACUUCCUCCUCCACGGCUUCGGUCUGCCCGAAGACUACGAGCGCUGGUCUGCCCGAGGCUUCCACGGCUGGGGCUUGGAAGACUUGCGACCGUACUUCAUCAAGGCUUUUGGGACAGAUAAGAGCGAGUUCGACACUGCUCGCUGCGCUGUGGAUGGAUAUUGUAUGAGUGACAAGGCUCCAAUGAAGCUCCAACAAAUCGAUGAAAACCACGAGUUACUCAGAGUAUUCCAGCAGGCGUCUUCAAAACUCAGCAACAAACACACCUUGUUCAGAAAGGCUACGGCCACAGUAAAAGACGGGGAACGGGUCUCAACUCUGGACGGGUAUUUGAAGAAAGCUAUGAACAGGAGGAAUCUACACGUUGUGCUUAGGACAAAAGCGGUUUCGAUCAGAUUCGAAAACAAAACGGCAUCGUCUCUCUUCAUACUCCGCCGCAACAGAGAGUUGGACAACGUAUUCGUGAACAGAGAGAUCAUCCUCUGCGCGGGCGCUAUUAAGACACCACAGAUCCUGAUGAUGUCCGGCAUUGGGCCUAGAGAUGUUAUAGAAAGGUUGAAGAUCAAACUAGUAGCGGAUAAUAAGGCUGUGGGCCGAAAUCUUCACGACCAUAUGAACCUAGCGGUAUACGUCACCAUCAAGAAACCAAUCAGCCUCAUCCUGCCCAAGGUGUUUACUUUUGGCACCGCUUGGGAUUACUUCAUGAAUGGGAAAGGGCUUCUAUCAUUUCCACCUGUAGCCGGAGUGGAGUACCACGGGGCGUCUGCAUUGAUGCUGUUUACUAUGGGGACUACCAGCGAGCGACUCCUCAGGGACUUGUCCAAUUACAAACACACAGUGUUUCGUGACACCUUCCCCUUCCACAACGACAGCAGCCGCGAAGGUUUCAUGUUCCUAGCCACCUGUGCACAGCCUCGGAGCAGAGGCACCGUCACUCUCCGGGACUUGAGCACCAAUGUACCACCAGUCGUUAACCCCAACUACCUCCAUGAUGGCUUCGAUGUCAAGUGCAUGAUCAAAGCAAUCCGUCGAGCUGAACGCUUGGUAUCAUCGGCUCCGUUCCAGGAAAUAGGAGCGAGGAUUCACUGGCCGCGGCCUGAACGGUGCCUUUCCCUCUGGAACUACACACGGAGCGACCAGUUCGGCCCAGACAGAAAAAGGAGAAGAAAAAUAAUACCCGGCUCGUCUAACCAACAUCCAAUACAGGAGAAUAAGCCAGAGCCAAAGCCCAAUAAGCCACAGAGGCCACCCGAUGAGUUCCUAGAAUGUGUGUUGAGAGAAGUGGCGGUGACGGGGCACCACGUUGGUGGGACGGCUGCAGGUGGCACCGUUGUGGAUAGUCAGCUAAGGGUAAAGUCGGUAUCAGGACUACGUAUUAUGGACGCCAGCAUCCUGCCUUCGCCACUGUCCUUGUACCCCAACUCUGUGUUAGUGGCCAUGGCUGAAAAAGCUGCAGAUAUUAUUAGAAAAACCAUUGUUACUUAA